AUGCCAAAAAUGAAGCCUACCAAUAACCAAUCUAUCUAUGUCGUUGCCAUCUGUGGAAGCCUGCGGGAGGGGAGUUCAACGCAUGCUGCGCUCCAAAUCGCACUUUCUGGCGCGAAAGAUUCGGGUGCCGAGGUUGAAUUGCUUCAACUGAGUGAGUAUGAACUCGUUUUUCAAGGCUCUGUCGCUAACGAAGAUGACUAUCCUGCUGGUGUGUUCAAACUCCGGGAAAAGGUGAAACGCGCACACGGCAUACUUCUCGGUUCUCCUGAGUACCAUGGCAGCUUCAGCGGUGUCCUUAAAAGUGCACUCGAUCUCAUGGGCUUUGAUGAUUUGAGCAUAAGGUCGUCGGACUCAUCGGUGUCUCCGGUGGACGGAUGGGAGCCGUAA